AUGUCUAUGAUUGUUGUCAGUUUGCUACGAAUUUGACAAGUGGACAGUUUAUACAACAAUGGACACAUACGAGAGUGUUUUAUUAGUAAAACCCGAAGUGUUCGUCUUCAACAUUCCGCCACGUACAACGAACAGGGGUUACAGAGCAGCAGAUUGGAAUUUAUCAGAGCCAGCAUGGACAGGAAGGAUGAGAUUAAUUUCCAAGGGAAACGAAUGCUUUAUAAAACUGGAAGAUAAGAACAGUGGGGAGUUGUUUGCCAAAUGUCCCAUUGAGUCUUAUCCUGGAAUUGCUAUUGAAGCUGUCAGUGAUUCAUCCAGAUAUUUUGUACUCAGGAUCCAGGAUGAUAAUGGCAGACAAGCGUUUAUCGGAAUCGGCUUCGGCGACAGAUCCGACUCGUUCGACUUGAACGUCGCCCUCCAGGACCACUUCAAAUGGCUGAAAAAGGAGAAACAGAUCAGCGAAGAGCCGAGCGGACCCGCCCUGGAUCUCGGCUUCAAGGAGGGCGAGACGAUCAAAAUCAACAUGAAAAUAACGAAAAAGGACGGGUCCGAGGGCAGUUCGAGGAUAAAGGGGAAGAGCGGCUCCGGUCCCGGUUUGGGACUGCUGCCGCCGCCGCCCAGCGGUAAGCUGCCGGCGCCGCCGGGCAGCUCGCCGGCCAGUUCGCCGGCCCACGUCCCGAAGCCCGAGGGCGCCGGCGAGUCCUGGGGAGAGUUCACUUCGGCUCAAUCGAAUGCUUCGGCAGCGGCGGCACCGGCAAACAACAGCAACUGGGUACAAUUUUAGGCAGAGUUUAGGAUUCAGAUUUCGUAUAGGUUUUUUAGUUAGUGUGUAGUGAAUCGUAGCUUUUGAUGUGGAUAAUGUGAUUCACUGCAAUAAUAUCAUUUAACUAUAAGGAGAAAGAUUAUUUUUUAUUGCGAAAUGUAUUAUAUAUAACUAUGUAUAGAUUAAAAAAUUUAAUAUAUUGUUUAAAACAAUAGGUGUUAUGCUUCAGAUCUUAGAAGAUUUAAAAUUUCUAUGUGUAUACAAUUGACAUUAAUACAAAUAUUUUCAGUACUCUCUUGUACAUUGGACAAAUUUAUUCACAUUGUUAUACAUAUUGGUUUAUAGUUCUUUUUGAAUAUACUUUCAGAGUUUUAUAAUAAAUCAUAGAUUUUGAAAUGUUAUUGUUGAUAUUUUAAUGUAAUGUUUGUGUUGUAAUAUUUCGAAAUUUUAAAUGUAGCCCUACAGCACUUCCAAACAUUCCAAUAAAAGUGUAAUAUUAUUAUGAAGUUAUACUAAUAUAAUUAUUGUUUGAGUUGA